UGUUAAUCUCGCCACAGUAAUUACCAACAAACGAUCAGCUGCCGUUCCGUGUUUGCACUUUGGGUUAUAGCACUCCAGAGAUAAUUAUAUCAGACCGCGAUAAAACUUCAUCAACUCAAAGAUCGUUUUUUAAAUGUGCUACAUGGCACAUUUAAAAAUUGACAGCUAUAUAUUCAAAGACGGAUGUAAAGAUAGAGCCGCUUGAUCGUGUCUUCAAAGAUAUCGCUCGUUACUCCGACAUGAAUGAGGGGUUUUUCCUCGCCGUGACGAACGAUUAGUGCAUGCUUUCUCAGUCAUGAAUGUAUGAUUCGGAAACUAAGAAAGCCAUUCAAAUGUAUUCUCAGCGUUAUCGCUUAUUUUGGGCAGUCCGAGUAAAAGCGAAACAAGAUGAGUCAACACCGAGCAGAGAUCAUCCUGCUACUAACAUUCUGCUUCAUCUCAGGAUGUUAAAGCUGAUAAAAACUCAUACAGCCGAUGAUCAAAUUAAUAAACAAGUACUGGCUCCCUCAUCGGAGCCCGUUAUUCUGAAAGUCGAUUUCAGUUUGGCUAAUGAAGACUUUGGAGCGCCUUCGAUUAUCCAAUGACAACGAAUGAUGUGCACACAUGAUCGAACACAAUGGUGUUCAUGUUAUCUAUAUUGUUAUCCUCUUCAGCAAGCGGGAUAAAAACAUCAGCGCUCAAUUUGACGCAGUGCUUAAACAUGGCAACGCUUUUACCUCACUAAUCAUCCAAUUUGUCACCAUUCGUCAGAGUAUCUAGCCAUUG